AGCACAUAGAAGAAAAUAUUUACAUCAUCGGAACGAAAAGCCAUUAUGCUUUUGAUUUAAUUAAAAGGAUAAAGAUUAAAUGAUUAUUUUAUUAGAAUAUUAAUAAACAGUCAAGUCAUUUUGCACUCAUAAGCCAUACAGAAAGUGGCAUUAAAAACGAAAAAUGUUCUCCUCCAUCUUUGGUAAACGCCGCUCGUCACCAGUUGAAGAUGACACUCCUCCGAUUCCGGGACCCAAGCAAGAUGAUGGCUUCGUCGUUGUUGACACUUUGUCUCCUGGUGGAAGUUUGUAUCCCAGUAUAUCCGGCGGUUCAUAUCCAGCCCGACCUGCCCCUGCCGUUCCUCAGAGACCGAAAAUAGAUCAAACGUUCCAUUAUUUACAAGGUGUCCCAUUUACACUGUGUCGUGAGCUGCAAAUGUCUACUAAUAAAGAUUCCAUGGUAUCAGAAGUCAAUGAUCUAUUAGUAUUCAUGAGCAGCAAGUUAAAUUUAAGUGGUUAUGAAUAUAAAUUUUCUGUUGAAAAAAGUGUUUUAAAAGAAUGUUGA